CUGCCGCCGCCGCCGCUGCAGCCGGAGUUGGAGGAGGGAGAAGCCAGGAAGAAAAUGGCGGCCGUGGCUGCAGAGGCGGCAGCGACUGCAGCGUCCCCCGGGGAGGGGGGCGCCGGCGAGGCCGAGCCGGAGAUGGAGCCCAUCCCCGGCAGCGAGGCCGGCACUGACCCCCUCCCGGUCACGGCCACUGAAGCAUCUGUGCCGGACGGCGAGGCCGACGGGCAGCAGUCCUCUCCUCAGGCCGACGAGCCGCCGCUCCCGCCGCCACCGCCGCCGCCGGGGGAGCUCGCACGCAGCCCGGAGGCAGCGGGGCCGGAGCUGGAGGCUGAGGAGAAGCUGCCCGCCCGGGUGGGGGAGCCGGCGGCAGCCGCGCCUCAGGAAGGGCCCGACCCUCCACCUUCCCCUGCCCCACCGCCCGAGCAGCCCCCGGCUCCCGAGGAGCGCCCGCAGCCGCCGCUGCCCCAGCCCGCAGCCCCGGCGCUCGUGCCGCCGGCGGGCGGGGACUCCGUGGUGUCGCAACUGAUCCCCGGCUCGGAGGUGCGGGUCACGCUGGACCACAUCAUUGAGGACGCGCUCGUCGUGUCGUUCCGCCUCGGGGAGAAGCUCUUCUCCGGGGUCCUCAUGGAUCUGUCCAAAAGGUUUGGGCCCCAUGGGAUCCCUGUGACAGUAUUUCCCAAAAGGGAAUAUAAGGAUAAACCUGAAGCCAUGCAGCUCCAAAGUAAUACAUUCCAAGAAGGGACAGAAGUCAAGCAUGAAGCGAGUGAUGCUGUUCCCGGUGACCCCUCUCCUGUCCCACCUCCUGAGCGGAGCUUGGCUGAAAGCCUGUGGACUUCCAAACCACCUCCUCUCUUCCAUGAAGGAGCACCUUAUCCUCCCCCUUUGUUUAUCAGGGACACAUAUAACCAAUCAAUACCUCAGCCACCUCCUCGGAAAAUUAAGCGACCCAAACGAAAGAUGUACAGGGAAGAACCUACUUCAAUAAUGAAUGCUAUUAAACUACGACCCAGGCAAGUCCUGUGUGACAAAUGUAAAAACAGUGUCGUUGCUGAAAAAAAGGAAAUUAGAAAAGGUAGUAGUGCAAGUGACUCUUCUAAAUAUGAAGAUAAAAAACGGAGAAAUGAAAGUGUAACUACUGUGAACAAAAAACUGAAAACUGACCAUAAAGUGGAUGGGAAAAACCAAAAUGAAAGCCAGAAAAGAAAUGCUGUGGUUAAGGUUUCAAAUAUUGCUCACAGCAGAGGCAGAGUAGUCAAGGUUUCUGCUCAGGCAAAUACAUCAAAAGCUCAGUUAAGUACUAAAAAAGUGCUCCAGAGUAAGAACAUGGAUCAUGCAAAAGCUCGGGAAGUGUUGAAAAUUGCCAAAGAGAAGGCACAAAAGAAGCAAAGUGAAACCUCUGCAUCCAAAAAUGCACAUUCAAAAGUCCAUUUCACACGUCGCUAUCAGAAUCCUAGCUCAGGUUCCCUUCCACCUCGGGUUCGUUUAAAACCACAAAGGUACAGGAAUGAAGAAAAUGACUCUUCUCUGAAGACAGGACUUGAGAAAAUGCAGAGUGGCAAGAUGGCACCCAAGCCCCAGUCUCGCUGCACCUCUACCCGCUCAGCAGGUCUCAACAAAUGGCAGCUAUUACAUCAGACAGUGACGAGUCCUGCUGCUCCCUUACAGUGUCUGACAGACCACUGUGGAUUCAGACUGGGAGCAUUGAAGUUAACAGUGAAACGGGCAGCACAAAGACAUUAGCAGGCUGCUGGUUUCAUGGACCUGUACCACAAUGACACAGAACACCAGAGCGUCAGGACUGAAUGCAAUUGGAGACUCAGAUUUUUAAAGCUGCACUGAGAAGUAAAUGUUAAGGCAGUGGUUAAAAUCAACAGUCUAUAAAGGGGCACUUGCAAAUUGUGCUAUAGUAAACCGAAGAAAAGCUAUUAGGGGAAUAUUUUAUAAAAAAUGAACUGUCGCAAUAAAUUAUGAAUGAGAUGAGGAGAAAGGUGAUGUGAAAUACACAUACAAAAAACUCACUUGAAUUUUAUGUAUGGAGAAUCACUGACAGUAACAUCUUUUGAACGUGAAGUUUUUAUCAGUACAGUUUAGACAGGCCUAAAAGGCAUAGGAGGAUGGCAGAAAUAUUGAAUUAUUUUUCAUACUAAAACUUUGUGCUUUCUCCAAGGUUUAUGUUAAUCAGUUUAGAUAUAAGCAGAGCUAUUUCUAAAAUGGCUCUCCUAUGAAACAGCAAUAGUCACAUAUGCCGAGGCCAAUGUUUCCUUCAGGGUGCCAGUGGAAAUGACAGAAAAGAUUAUCUAACAUCCUACUAAAAGGAUAGCAAAGUGCUCCACCCCACCCUGCAAAGAAAAUUUGGAUCUUUUCUUUAAUAAAGCAGGGCUGUAUUAUCUUGAAUAUACGUUUGCUUGUUAGAACAUAUUAAGAUGUAUUUAUUUGCCACCAGUAUUUAACAUUUUGUGCACAUUUUCAUAAUACGUUCUAAUCUUUCAAAUUCUGACUCAGAGUGGAUAGGCUAGUGUUGAUCUUGGAGUGAAAAUGUAUACUCUAAGAGCCAGUUCUUAAUUCUACUGAGCUGGAAAGGCUUAUAUUAUUCUCCCUCUCCUUACUGGUUUUAUCUAGUUUAGAAAAGGUGACAGUAUCUGAAUUUUGAUGUGGACCUCUCUCCACAGAGACCCCCCUCCUUCUGUCUAAGUGCAAGAAAUUCUCACAGGGGUCAGGUGGGACUUGACCCUGGAGAACAAGCAGCAGGAACAGACCCAUAAAGACAGCUUCGAACUUUUCAUGCCUGGAGCAUGAAUUCUUAUUAAUGGAAACCGUAAUGUUUUUCUUGUCUUUAGAAAAUACAUAUUAUGAAAACCCUUAAUUUUUCUUUUUUAAUGAAUGGAGAAAACAUUAAUGAGAAAACCAAAUGGACCUGUUAGUACUACAUUUUUAAGGCAUUUUAUAUUUGAUGGUGCCGUGCUUUUAAUAAUAAAACAAGUUUUUUAGUGGCAAUACUGAUUUAUUUUUUAAACCAGAAAGAUAAUCCAUAUUGAUAACUUAAUACAAAAAAGGGCAAAAAAAAGCCAAAAAAUAAAAAAAUACAAAAUUCAUUUAAAGCAACAUAACAGAUAACUGAGCAUUUGGCUCAAGUGUUCAACCUUUCCAUAAUAUUACUGUAUAGGCUUGGAAUUACUUAGUAACCCCUCAGGAUUAAUAAAAGGUUCUGGGUGAGAGUUUUAGAACACUCAGUAUAACAGACUAGGAUUUGUUUUACAACUCAAGAAGAAAAGAUAGGCAAUCUUGCUUCUAGUGAGCUUAAUGCAAAUCCUAAAUUACACUGCGAGUUAUUAAAAGUUUUGAUCACAUGCUACAAUUGUGGAAAGUUCUUUAUCAUGAAGUCAUUAUACAUUUGAUCAAAUCUGAAAAAGUCAGCUCAGGAACUGUAGCAGCAGGGAGUUCUAAAGAUGCUGUGUACUUCAGUGGGGCCCUGCUCUCCAUGGCCCUAGGGCUUCAGCUCGGGUCUGUCCGGUUCUUCCAGAUAUGUAACACCAGCAGUACCUUUUAGGCUCACUUCAAGAACCAGAUAACUCCCAAGCCAUGGAGGAUUGUAUAAUCAACAUUUUUAAGCUUUAGAAUUCUUUAUUUGUGCAGAGUGAUGGAAAUGAUCAAGAAGUAAGAUAAAGGCAAAAGAAUUGGGAGAGGUCAGGUUUUAAGUAUCUAAAUAUUUUUUCUCAUGACAAAUUCGCAAAGGUGUUUUGUUAUAAACCAGAUUUUCAUUUUUUAAAAAAUGAAACUUGGUGGUAUUUAAAAUCUAGACAUACCAUGUUGCUGUUUCACUUUCAUUGCUUUAGUUGCUUAAUAUUUAAGCUUUGCUUCAUGCUACCUUUGUCUGUAUUUCAUAUCUUCACAAGCCUAUUUCAUUUUGUAGACUUGAAUGACAAAAAUUGUUUCUCAUCUAAAGUAUGCUGAGACAAAUGUUAAAGAAUGUUGUGUGACAUUUAUCCAAUAAAGUCUUGAUUUUUUUUU